CACAGAAGAAGACGCGCAAGAGCUUUUGUUUUCAUACUGUGGUUGUCGCGUUAGAAAUUAUUUAUUUAUUAUUUGAAGGCUUGUACGUCUAAUAUAAUAAUCUCGACGUCACUUGACUUUAAGGCUGACAGGGCCGUUUGAAGUCAGCGGUUUGAGUAAAUGUAACUUACGUGAUUAAAUCGUUGUAAUAAAUGAUGGCAGAAGGGAGCAGUAAUAUGAGCAGUCUUCCUCCCGGAGACCCGCAGCUCAUCGCGCUCAUAGUGGAGCAUCUGAAGAACAGAGGCCUGUUUGAUGAGUUCAGAAGAGACUGUCUGGCAGACGUCGACACGAAGCCAGCGUAUCAGAAUCUGAGACAGAAAGUGGACAACUUUGUGUCCAAUCAUCUCACCACUCAAGAAUGGAAUCCGUCCAUCAACAAGAACCAAGUUAGGAACGUGCUGAGACAGAGUGUAGUUCAGUCAGGGAUGUUGGAGUCAGGUGUAGACCGGAUCAUUACACAGGUGGUGGACCCUAAACUGAACCAUAUCUUCAGACCUCACAUUGAGAAAGCCAUUCAUGACUUUCUAGAAGCGGAGAACAAAGACGACGGGCCGUCGGAUUCAACCACUGAAGCAGAGCCGCAGGAAACAGCCAGCAACACUGCCACAGCGUUGUCAUUACCGUCAGAAAUGCGUGCUCGGUUUAUCAUAGGAGUGCUUUUAUUUGUACUGGCGGUGCGGCAAACUGGCGCGAGUGAGUCGAGCAGCGCUCAUGACAGCUCGCAGGAGAGAUCAAUGAAUAUCCAGAAGAGGAGACUGUCUCUGCAGAACACAGCGGAAAUUCAACAGUGCCUCUUAAAUGCGGGUGAUGUGGGUUGCGGGAUGUUAGAGUGCUUCAACAACAACUCCUGCGAGAUCCGUGGACUUCAUGACAUCUGCAUGAACUUCCUCCACAACGCAGGCAAAUUUGACUCUCAGGGAAAAUCCUUUAUCAAAGACGCGCUGAAGUGCAUGGCCCACGGACUGCGGCACAAGUUCAGCUGUGUCAGCCGCAAGUGUCUGGCCGUAAAAGAGAUGGUGUUUCAGCUUCAGCGCGAAUGUUACAUCAAGCACAACCUUUGCUCGGCGGUGAGAGAGAACGUCAACGUCAUGGUGGAGAUGAUCCACUUCAAGGACCUGUUUCCCAGAGGGCCUCACGUGGAGUUGGUGAAUAUCUUGCUGGGCUGUGGUGAGGAGGUGCGGGUCGCCAUCAGCCGUCGAAUACGAACUCAGUGCGAGCAGAACUGGGGAGCUCUGUGCGGGAGUCUAAGUCUCUGUGUCCUCAGAAAGGAAGUGGACCAGACCAGUUCCACCCUCGCCCCUGCAACCACCACGGACAUCACGACCCCGCCAGGACUCAACGCCAAUUCCCUCCCGCCUGCGGCCCUGGUACGUCCCGAGGCUGAUGGGGAAAAGAUGUGGACGCUCACAGAAGAUGCAGAUGAACAUCCCAAUCCGUCCUCAGGCCUUCAGGCCCAACACAACAUCUCUAAUGCUAAUAAACAGCUGAAGAGAUUUCUGAAUGCCACAAAAAGGAGGUGAAGAGGCCGCUCAGUGCCUUCAGCAGCCCACACAUACUUAUUUGUGACAGCUAUUCUCUAUCUCUGCCUCACUCAAGGACAUAUAAGCUGCAGUGUUUAAUGAUGACAGGGUAUUUCUUGGUUAUGAAGUUACAUUUAGAGCUGACACUAGUCAUUGCUACAUUAGUUUUUCGUUUGUUUUGUAGGUCAUUUUGUGCAAACACAGACUGGUACAACAAUAUUCGACGGGAGGAGUUUUACCCUUUGUAGAUGUGUUGGUAGAUUGUGGACAAAGUGCAUUCCUAAGACUGCAGAGAGUAUUUGUGAUGACAUCAUUCCGUACGCUCAGUAUUUGUUAGCACUGAAACAACAAAAACAUUUGGGCGAAUGUCUGGGUCACCUUUUACCCCAAAAUCAAAUUAUUGCAUCGUCAUUAUUAACGUAGAUGUUUGCAAUUGCCAUCAUUUUAAUGGUGAUUCUUAUUGCAGCGAUAAAGCCAUUGUUCUGCAUUGUGGUGAUUUCAUUAAGCAAAAUAUAAUUUUGGGGUAAAAUACGACCAAUCUUUCCAGGUUUCACAAGAUUCACUUAUUUGGUGAAUUAAAAAAGAAUGUGUGUGGCCUCCCUAAAUAUUAAGUACAAGUACAGCCUCAUCAGGUGAUAUAAGCUCUUAUGCAGCAAAAGUGCGCAAACAAACGUGUCAACUGCGAUGCUGCUUUUACCAAGACAUGACAUUUUUAUUAUCAGAUAUCAUAUCUUUUUAAUUAAACAUGAUUCAUACAUGAUUAAGCCUAAAUAAAGUGUAGUCCAACACACAAACACUUCAAAACAGUAUCCAGACCUACCUCAUCUCUGUAACAUGCGCCUAUAUUGAUAUGCUGUGUAAUAUAUAAAAAUGGUCAUUGCAUAGAUUCACUCCCCUCUGCAAAAUUUAUGGUGUUGAUCUAUCACUCAUUUGUUUUAUUUAAAAUCAUUUCUCUAAAGUUAUGCAUGAAAUUUAUCUUACGGACUUUUAUUUUGAAGUCGGGUUUAUCACAGCCACUGUACAGUGCUGUUACGUCAAUUUACAUAAAUGCCUGUGCUAUUUAUUUGUUGUUGUUUUACUGUUAUUUUAUCAACCACUCCCACGUUUUUUGGGGGGGAUCUGUAACAAAAUAUUAAGUGUAAUCAAUAAAACGAUUU